CCCUUUCCUUCACCUUCACGCCUCCAUUAAAACCCUUCUAUCUCUCUCUCUCUCUCUCUCUCUCUCUUCAUCCAUUUAUACUCCACACUCCUUCAAAUCUCGCCCAGAAAAACAGAGUAAAACCACCAAAGACCAAAACAGAGCCACCUUGAUGGGUUCUUGCAAACACCAAGAACACGAUCAACCACAAGAACCCAAAUGCCUAUGGAUCCAUGGCCCCAUAAUUGUCGGCGCCGGCCCAUCAGGAUUAGCCGCCGCCGCUUCCCUUUCCCACAAUCGAAUCCCUUCGCUCAUUCUCGAGAAAUCCGAUUGCAUUGCUUCCCUUUGGCACUACCGCACCUACGAUCGACUUAAACUCCAUCUCCCCAAGCAUUUUUGCGAGCUUCCUCUCAUGGGUUUCCCUCAAAACUUCCCAAAAUACCCUUCCAAAGAUCAGUUCAUUUCAUACAUGGAGUCCUACGCUUCCCAUUUCUCCAUUCAACCCCGGUUCAAUCAGACCGUUCUCGCCGCUGAAUUCGACUCUGUUUCCCGGUUUUGGAGAGUCUCCACUCAAGAUACCCUGUACAUUUCGCGCUGGCUCAUCGUCGCAACCGGAGAAAAUGCAGAGCCGGUUAUUCCUGAGAUUCUGGGGAUUGAGCGGUUUACUCGAACCGUGGUUCAUACUAGUAUGUAUAAGUCCGGUUCGGAAUUUAAAAACCAGAGGGUUUUGGUCGUUGGUUGUGGGAAUUCCGGUAUGGAAGUUAGUUUGGAUCUCUGCAGACAAAAUGCCAUCCCCCAUAUGGUUGUUAGAAACACGGUUCAUGUAUUACCGCAAGAAAUGUUCGGAUUCUCGACAUUUGGAAUAGCGAUGGAGUUUAUGAAAUGGCUACCUCUAAAAUUGGUGGAUAAGAUUCUUCUUUUAGCCGCCAAUUUGACAUUAGGCAAUACCAAUCAAUUGGGUCUCCGACGACCGAAAACCGGUCCGAUCGAGCUCAAAAAUGCUACGGGAAAGACCCCGGUUCUCGACGUCGGAGCCUUGUCGUAUAUAAGAUCAGGGAAGAUCAAGAUAAUGGAAGGGAUUAAGGAAAUAACAAGAAAUGGAGCGAAGUUCAUGGAUGGACAAGAGAAGGAGUUUGAUUCGAUAAUCUUAGCGACCGGGUACCGAAGCAAUGUGCCAAGUUGGCUCAAGCAUGGAUGUGAUUUUUUCACGAAAGACGGGAUGCCGAAAACCCCGUUUCCGAACGGGUGGAAAGGCGAGAGGGGGUUAUACACGGUCGGGUUUACUAAGAGAGGGCUGCUCGGAACCACGUCGGAUGCCAUGAAAAUUGCCGACGACAUUGCCGAGCAAUGGCAGGCGGGGUGGAAUGAGGAUGACAAGAAUAAAUCUUCGUACGUAAUAUUUCGUUAAAGAAUUUGAACGAAAAUGAAGUAAUUUUGGAAUGAGACCAUUUUGGGGUUGAUUUGUAAAUACAUCAAUUUUGAACGGGGCGUUUAAUGCCUUGUUAUCAAUGAA